AUGUCAACUCAACAAAAGAUCGAUCUAUCUACACUAAAUGCUCAGCAGUUGGCGCAAGUUAAGCAGCAGUUCGAUCAAGAACUGCAGCACUUUCACCAAUCGUUACAGGCUCUCAAUAUGGCCAGAAAUAAAUUCAGAGACUGUAUCUCACAUAUAAAGCUGGUUUCACAGCCUGAAAAUGAGAAUCAAGAACUUCUUGUACCUCUGUCAGCAUCAUUAUAUGCAAAAGGUAAGGUCGUGGACCACGAUAAAUUCAUGGUUGACGUUGGGACUGGUUACUAUGUAGAGAAGAACGCUAAAGACGCCAUUGAGUUCUACCAGAAGAAGGUUGAGCAAUUAACUACCGAAUCUGGUCAGAUACAGAAGAUCAUUGAGGAAAAGACGCAAUCUUCAAUUGCCAUUGAAAACCUAAUCAGAAGUGCAGCUAUUAAAAAUCAUGGAGAAAGCGCUAAAGCAGCAAAGGAGAUUAAGUAA